GGGUAUAUAUGGUGGAUAUCUCAUAUAGCACACAAGAAUGUUUUGAUACCGACUUCAAACAAAAGAAUGUCCAGUAAAGUAAAGACUAUCAUAAAAUUAGAAUCUUUUUUUUUUUUUUCCUUAUUCAUUUUCUUCUUUUAGAGUCCUUUCUUCUUUUACCACUAUUUUCAUCCAAUUAUGAGUGCAAGGUUGAACAUAUCACUAGAGUUUCUGUAGUUCCGUGAAUUUCUUUUUUCAGUUUCAUAAUCAAAAUUGAAGAGACUUGAAAAAUUAAACUCUUCAAGAUGAACUCAAUUUUUUGUAAGAAAUUCCUAGUUGUAAAAGCCUGCUCACAAGUUGACAAAACAUGACAACAGACUCCUUAAUAAAUAUUCUCUUUUUAUUGUACUAGCUAGCUCCUAGCAUACACACACCAUAACUUCCUCCCCCCAGCCCAUCAUACCUCCAUCUUCCCAACCUCUCAUCAUCUUUUAACAUGAUGAAGGAAAAUUCUUCCAAAAAUUCUCCUUGUAAUUUAUCCAUGAGACUUGGUCACGUGGAGCAGCCAAUAUUAGAAAAUAGCAAUAAAUCAUCAUCAGGGGUAAGACCAUAUGUUAGAUCGAAAAUGCCAAGACUCCGAUGGACGCAAGAUCUUCAUCGCAACUUUGUGCAUGCUGUUGAGCGACUUGGUGGAGAAGAUCGAGCAACUCCAAAGAUGGUGCUACAGCUGAUGGAUGUGAAGGGACUCACCAUAUCUCACGUUAAGAGUCACCUUCAGAUGUACAGAAGCAUGAAACAUGAACAGAUGAUGCAAGCUGAAGCAGAAGCUGCAAAUGGGAUUAAGAGGAAUAGGAUGGAUGGUCCAGAUCAACUGAAUUAUCUUAAUUACUAUGAUGGCAAAGCGUUGUUAGAUGGGCAUCCUAAUUCGAAAGUAACGAUUAACUACUUCAACUUAAUUGCCUCUACUCCUAAUUUUUCUCCUGCUCAAUGGAAAGAUAUGCAAGAGAAGAUGAUGGGAUUGGAAGGACAAUCUAAACCAGCUUGCAACAUGUUCAGGGAUUUCUUCAAUGGCUGUACUACUGUUCAAGAUGGGAAUUAUAAUAUUGGAGAAUGUGGUAGCAGUUUGUCAAAUAACCGUUGUUCAAUAAUUGACACUGAAGAAGAGGCCCAAGACUCCAGCAGCACUAUGUCUUUAGAACCAUCUGCCUGUUUAGAUCAUGGGACUAAUAUCUCUCUUGACCUUACCCUUGGUUAAUAAAUUAGCCACCUUAAUUUCAUUCUCAAAUCCUUGACUUUUGUCAUAUAGAAUCAAGCUAACUAGCUACAACUUGGUUUUGUACUAAUUAGUCAGCUUUUAAUCAAUCUGAGAAUCGAUUGAACUAAUUACUCUAAUUUUCAUUUAAUUAGUAUUUCUGAGUAGGUGUAUUAUAUUAUAUCUGAAGAAGACCAUACAACUUGAUUAUUUAUAAGCAGUUUUAUGAUUUUC